UUCUUGGACAAUCAGUCCCUUAUCUUGUAGCGGGCUGAUGGAGUGCUGAACCGACUUCAUCCGUUCUUUCGGGUAUGCGUCUGAUUCUUGUAACAAGCCACGACGACUAGAAGAUUUCAUUUCUCUCAUGACCGCGCAGAAAUCGCCGUGAAUAAUACUCUUCUCUGCCCUGUGCUGCAAUGCAUCGUGUAGUGGUCUGCAUUCUUGUUUCGUUCUCCAGCCAAUCACACAGCAGACAAAAGCAGGUUAGGUAAUCAGCUAGUCUUUCGCUCGCAGAGGCUUUGUGGAAGGAGCAACCCUAGAGAGUUCCUACACCCCCAUCACCACCUAACACCACCCCAAUCACACCUCUCCUCUCUCUCCGCUGCUACGAGAGCCAGUUCUGGUCACCAUGUUGGCUCGAUCGGCUCUUCGCUCGGCGCGCUCCGCCGGCGCUGCGGCUCGCAAUGCUGCCAGCAAAACGUCUUCGCGCGCUGCCUCGACGUCCAGCUCAUCAGCCGAGGGAACUACCUCGUCCUGGAAGACAAACGCUCUCCCUGCCGGCGCCACGGCCUUCGCGAUCGGUACCACCGCCUGGUACAUGCACCUGUAUGGGCGCAACGUCGAUGCUAUGACUCCGGCUGAAGAAGGUCUCCACCCGACUUCCUACCCAUGGGAGCACACCAAAUGGCACAAGACAUUUGAUCACCAGGCCCUCCGCCGUGGUUUCCAGGUUUAUCGCGAAGUCUGCGCAUCUUGCCACUCCAUUUCUCGUGUUCCCUACCGUUCACUUGUCGGCACCAUCAUGACCGUCGAUGAGGCCAAGGCCCUGGCCGAGGAGAACGAAUACGACACCGAGCCCAACGACGAGGGCGAAAUCGAGAAGCGCCCCGGAAAAUUGUCCGAUUACCUUCCCUCCCCCUACAAGAACGACGAAGCUGCUCGUGCUGCCAACAACGGCGCCCUUCCUCCGGAUCUAUCCCUUAUGGUCAAGGCUCGCCACGGUGGCUGUGACUACAUCUUCAGCUUGUUGACAGGGUAUCCCGAGGAGCCUCCUGCGGGAGCCGUUGUUGCAGAUGGUCUCAACUUCAACCCUUAUUUUCCUGGUACUGGAAUUGCUAUGGCCCGCGUGCUUUACGACGAUCUGGUUGAAUACGAGGACGAGACACCUGCCUCCACAUCCCAGAUGGCCAAGGACGUGGUUGAGUUCCUGAACUGGACCGCCGAGCCUGAAAUGGACGACCGAAAGAAGAUGGGCUGGAAGGUUUUGGCCGUCUCCAGCGUGCUUUUCGCUCUCAGUGUCUGGGUUAAGAGGUACAAGUGGGCUCCAGUCAAGACGAGAAAGAUCAUCUACAACCCGCCUAUCAAGAACGCGGGCCCAAAGAAGUUCUCUGAGCCAACCCACAAGUCAUAG